AUGGCUGUUGUCCCAGAACCGUUACAGUCCUCCUUGCCAAUACUUGGGCCUGUCCGAAAGAUCCUCUCGCCAUUCGAACUCUUGAUCACUUGCAACCCGCCCAUCCUCGAAUCACUCCUCGCUCAAGUGCCGACUGAGACCAUCUUCAGGCUGUACCAGACUUCAUCUUACCUACGAGACUUCUUUUCGAAAUCCCCCACGUCCUGGCGGUACAUCUCAUGGCGUCUACAACAGCCCGCGGUCACGACCGCCACCGUCGGCGUCAGCGUCGCCGGAAACGGACUACCCAAGCAAUCGAGCAACUACGCCCUUGAUCAAAUCAUCCUCACCGUUAUAAAUCCUUUCAGCACGAGGCUCGUGAGCCUGGAGUUGGACAAUACCGCUGUUAGUGGGACCACAUUAACAUCCACCGUGCUGAUAUUGAGGAGGGAGACUCUUCGCCACGUGUCGGUGCGCGGGUGCAAGAACGUCUCUUUGAAAUACCACAUCAAUCCAUGGCUACAAAUGCACGCAUUGGCUCGCGAGUCUCCAGAUGUCAGAGGCCCCCCAGGAUUUGAGACACUGGCUCUGAAGAGCUUGUAUACCUACCGAUGCCGCCAUCAUAGGAGAAGGCCGUAUUUACCCAGUAGUCUCGCACGCAAGGAAAGCGAUAGUGAACCCACUCAUGAACUGGUCCUGACUUGCCACAAACUAGGCAUCUGGACAGAUACGGCUUGGUGCACCACGCCCGGAGCCAGGUGCUAUCGCCGAAGAGGAUAUGUGAAAUUACGCAUGCCCCAGGAUCCCAGGGAGGUCUGGGUGGUUUAUGAUCGCUUGUGGAGGAGUCGGAACUGGCUGGGCCCGGUUGAGCAACCCAAAAACUAUGCAUUAAACAAGAAGCGAAAACGGGACUGUAGGAGUUGGGAAGUUGACGAGGAAGGCAUGAACGGCGAAGCCAUCGGUACAGGACCAGAGGGCAAGGCAACGCCGGCGCAUCUGCGAGUGUCCCACCGACAAUUUGUCGAAGACAUCACCUGCCACAACUGCUCGGCGGAGAUCUUGGAGCGAUGUGAACAGUGCUCGGUGAUGAUGCACUGUGUCGGGUGCAGGAAAACACUAUGUGCUAGUUGCGCCUUCGAUCGUCCUUAUCUCCGAAACAAGAAUGCUCCUGUGGAAGAGAGAAAUAAGUUCUGGUGGGCACCCGGAUGUGCCGUCUCCCCUUGCUCCAUGCAGGAUCAGGAUCUGCCUCCAAAUGGAGCCCUCAACGGAAACCAAAACGCAAACGCAAACGCAAACACUCUUCCAAAUAUCAAGUUCAAAUGGUGCUGUACAGAGCCAGUGUUUUCGGGUGGCGGUGGCAUUACCUUCAGCAACAGCGCGAAUCGAGACAGCGACUGCAUUCGUGCGGCACCACUCCCAACCGGACAGGGAUGGGAUGACCCUGAGUUCUUGCUUGAUUCUCCUGACCUUGUCAGCUAUACAGCAGAUAAUGCCACCCCCCGAGAAGGUCCUGCAGGCCGUUGGACGUCCAUUAAUGAUUUGUUCCACACUGCUGCAUAUCUGAGCGGCGGAGACCAUCCCACCUCGUCAGUGCCUAGGGUCUUGUGUGACGAGUGCUAUAACUCCGAAAGUUGGAAAGUCAAAUGCAAGGCGUGUUCGACACCGAUUUGUAUCAAGCAUGAUGUUGGCGAGCGUACCAAAGCUAGGAUUUGCGGCUACAGAGAACUGACCGUCGAGAAACAAGAGUUUAAGUCGCGACAAAAGGCUAUGAAGUUGCUCGCUACGUUGAUGCGACAACGUAAAGAAAAGGAAAUGGCAGCAGAGCAAGGGGAACAUGCCCAGGAUGGGAUGGCUGUCAGCACACCGAAAGCUGGGAAAGCUACCGUCAAGCCAGAUCCUCCUUUCUCUCCAGCGUCCUCCUCGUCAGUAGCAGGCUCCGCAGCUCUUGAAGUUCCACUCAACGCGGACGUUGGAAGUGCUUCGAGAUCAAUGCGAACACCUCUAGUAGAAGUUGACCGACCUCGGCGUCCCCUCUCGCCCGCUUCUAACAGCACCGGGCCUCCGUCUCGAUCCACAUCCCCUUCGCCGUCCACACAUUCAGUAACCGCCACACCCGAGCCGAGCUCUGCGCCUCGACGGCCACAUCGACCCGAUAUCCCUCCAGGUCCCGAAUGGCGAGGGUGUCAAACACUUUUCUGCCCCCCGUCACGUUCCACCCCAGGCGACCACAGGCGACGCUGCACUGUGGUUAUGAAGACCUGCAUGGAAUGCAAAGUUUACGUUUGUGGCGAUUGUGCAAACAUCCUCGAAUCUCCAUGUCCUUGCAAGGGAUGCCGAUCUCCACAGUCAGAAGAAGACCACAACCUAUCUGCAAACCUGCCGCCAAGCACCGCCUCCUCUGAAACUCCUUUGUUCUUCUGUCCUAAUUGCCGAUGGGAGAGAAUGCUGACAGGAAAAUGCAAACGGAGGUCACCAUUAUUUUUGGCUGCUCGAUCAUGGCAUGGCAAGAAGCCGAAGAAGCGGAAGGAUAAGAUGCGCAAACCUCUAGAAGCACGACGAACGAGCUUGGGAACAGGGGGAAAUCCUUCCAGUACAGAGGAGGCGAUCGAUGGGUUGGUGGAGUUUUUCACGAGCCUGAAUGCUCAUUAUCCCGGUCCGGGCCAUCCCCCAACAGAAGCGAAUGGGCAGUCACAGUUGGAUAAUGGGGCCCAGACAGAGGGCGGGGGCAACCAGCAAGAGAUCCAAGCAUUGGAAGACAUGGGCGCUCUCGCUCGAGAUUUGAUCCGGCGGAUCCAGCGUCUGAGAGACCAAUUUCCGCCUGGGUCCUUGGCUGCUUUGGCGCUGCCAGAUAUCCGUUUGGAAGACGAAGCGGAGGUUGCUGUCAGGCUCGCACGCACAGCGAGUGACGCGGCUCGAGCGAUGACGCACCAAGCGUUAGUGAUACAGAUCCCAGGCCUUCCGGAAUCUGAGAUUUACACUGCGCAUAUCCCCCAAGCUCCUAUGGCUUUGCCGCCGAUCGAGAAUGUCCAUUCCAACGCCGCCCAGGCUACAGUUGCGCAGGCUGGGCACGAGACCCAGGGUGUGCUUGAGAACGGCAUCGUCCCUGCUGGGCCGGCGGAGGUGCCCGGGGAGGAAGAAUUGGAAGACGAAGACGACGGACAUUUCGAGGAGAGGGAAUCAAGUACAGAUUAA